AUGACUCAAAAUUAUCUUCAAGAAUACCAAAGUCAACACCAUCAAGAAAAUGAUAUUUUUACUUAUAAUUUUACCCAAAAUGGUUAUUCUCAUGAGAAUGCAUAUACUGACUCUCAAUUAUUUCAACUAUUGCAAUUAAACACAAUUACUCAUUCUACCGAACCGAAUCCUCUAGAUAAGAAUAUCAUUACAGAUGAUUCUUCUAAAUCCAAGUGCGCUGAUUGUUUAACAACUUCUGCUCCAAGGUGGAGAGUUCGUCAAGAUGGAGAAAAAGUGUGUAAUGCGUGUGGUCUAUAUCGAAGAAAGCAUGGUAGUAAACGACCACUUGAGAUGUUAAAAGAAUGUAAUACAAUAAACUUACUCAACCAACCGGAAAUUUGCAUAAGUUGUGGGAUUAAUGAAUCUAAUGGGGAAGGAUACUGUAAUGCUUGCGGUUUAUACGCUGUUUUUAAUUUUUUGAAUUCAGGAGAUGAGAACAUGAAUGUAAUAAAUUCUCUUGACCACAUAAAUAAUAAUCUCACAACUCUUAACGAAGAAAAUAUAAAUAUGGACCAAACCAGUUAUUUUCAAGAUUAUCAAAAUCAAUUCUCCACUACAUAUCAAGAAAAUGAUAUUACCACAUAUGAUUUUAUGCAAAAUUAUGAAAAAAAUAACAAUGAAAAUAACACUCAGGUUGACCCUAAACAAUUACAGUUAACUUAUUUCAACGCGGAGAAUUCUCUAAACGAUGAUAAUAUAAUGGAUGAUUUUUCCUGUGCUGACUGUUUAGCAACUUCUGCUCAAGUGUGGGAGAUUCUUCAAGAUGGGAAAAAAUUGUGCAGUGAGUGUGUGUCUUAUCGAAAAAAGUAUGGCAGUAAGCGACAGCUUGAGAUGACAAGGAAAAACAGUGCACUAAACAUAUUCAUAGACCCAGAUCAACCGGAAAUUUGUGUAAAUUGCGGAAUUAAUAAAUCUGUUGAAGGAGGCCAUUGUAACGCAUGUAAAUUGUACGCUGUUUUUGAUUCUUCGAGUUCAGGGGAUGAAACAAAUACUCCUGACUAUACAAGUUAUGAUCAAAACUCCAGUUCAUAUCAAGAAAAUGAUUUUAAUUCAAAUAACUACAAACAACAAAAUCAUUUUAUCGAGACAGACCUACAAUUUAACGCAACUAAUAAUUACGAGGCUAAUAUAACAGAUGCUUCUCUAAAAAUCACAUGUGCUGAUUGUUUAACAACUACUUCUCCAAGAUGGAGAGUUCGUCAAGAUGGGGAAAAAGUGUGUAAUGCAUGUGGAUUAUACCGAAGAAAGCAUGGUAGUAAGCGGCCAUUUGAGAUGACAAGAGAAUACAAUACAAGAACAAUUUUCGCAAAUCAGCCAAAAAUUUGCGUAUACUGUGAAUCUAGUGGAGAAAAACAUUGUAAUGCAUGUGGAUUGUACGCUACUCUUGGCUUUUUAAAUUCGAAGGAUGAGAAAAUGGGUGUGAAGAACACUCAACCAAACCAUAACGAAAACGAUAUGGAUCAACCUAACUUUCUUCAGGGCUAUCAAAGUCAAUACUUCAUAUCAUAUCAAGAAAAUAACAAUUCGAUAUAUAAUUAUAUACAAAAUGAUUAUUCUCUUGAAAAUACUUGUGCUGAAUUACAAAAAUUACAAUUAAACACUUCUACUUAUUCUACCGGGCAGUAUUCUCUAAAUGAUAAAAGUGAUAAUAACAAGAAAAUUCUGUGUGCUGAUUGUUUAACCACUUCUGCUCCAAUGUGGAGGAUUCGUCAGGAUGGACAAAGAGUCUGCAACGCAUGUGGAUUACACCGAAGAAAGUAUGGUCGUAAACGACCAUUAGAGAUAAUGAGAGAAUGCAAAAAUAGAGUUAGAAGAAGAACCAUUUUUACAGAUCCAGAAAGUUGUGCGAAUUGUGGAACCACCGAAUCCACUAAUUGGAGAAUAAUUGGCGGGAGAAGAUAUUGUAAUGCUUGUGGAUUGUGCGCGAUAAUUAAUAGGAGACCACCUAGAAGCUCGAAAAGUACUAAAAAAUAG